AUGUGUUCUGCGCCAAAACUCCACGACCAACGUGUGAGAGACAUUCAGCGACAGGUCCGUGAAUGGAGAAAAGAUGGGGGCAAACAGUUCAUGUGCACAGGACGUCCUGGCUGGCUCACGGUGUCGCUGCGAGUGGGAAAGUACAAGAAAACCCACAAAAACAUUAUGAUCAACAUGAUGGACAUUCUGGACGUGGACACACAGAGGCAGGUGGUGCGAGUUGAACCUCUGGCGAACAUGGGGCAGGUGUCCGCUCUCCUCAACUCUAUCGGCUGGACUUUGCCAGUGGUGCCUGAACUCGAUGACCUCACUGUAGGUGGGCUGGUGAUGGGCACAGGCAUCGAGUCGUCCUCUCACAUCUAUGGGCUGUUCCAACACAUCUGCGUGGCCUAUGAGCUGGUGUUGGCUGAUGGCAGUUUGGUGCGCUGCACUGAGGAGGAGAAUCCAGACCUCUUCCAUGCUGUGCCUUGGUCUUGUGGAACACUGGGGUUCCUGGUUGCAGCUGAAAUCAAAAUAGUUCCUGCUAAACCAUGGGUGAAGCUGCGCUACGAGCCAGUGAGUGGCCUGGAAAACAUCUGCAAACGCUUCACAGCAGCAUCUGAAAACAAACAGAACACAUUUGUGGAGGGCCUCCAGUACUCGCUGGACUCUGCUGUGAUCAUGACCGGGACCAUGACAGACCACGCAGAGCCAGAUAAGAUCAACAGAAUCGGGCUUCACUUCAAACCCUGGUUCUUCAAACACGUGGAGGGAUUCCUGAGCCAUGGUCCCAAGGAAGAGUACAUCCCACUGAGACACUACUACCACAGACACACACGCAGCCUCUUCUGGGAGAUACAGGAUAUUAUUCCUUUUGGCAACAACCCUGUGUUCCGGUGGGUGUUCGGGUGGAUGGUCCCUCCAAAGAUCUCGCUGCUGAAGUUGACUCAGGGGGAAACGAUUCGUCAGCUUUACGAACAACACCACGUGGUUCAGGACAUGCUCGUGCCCAUGAAGGAUCUGCACCGCGCCAUCACCUGCUUCCACCAGGAAAUCAAUGUUUAUCCACUGUGGCUGUGCCCCUUUACUUUGCCGCCGGGUCGAGGGAUGGUCCACCCUAAAGGUCAGGAGGAGGAGCUGUAUGUGGACAUCGGAGCUUAUGGAGAACCAAGAGUGAAACAAUUUGAAGCCAAAGCCACGACACGACAGCUGGAGAAGUUUGUCAGAGAUGUGAAUGGGUUCCAGAUGCUGUAUGCAGACGUGUACAUGGACCGUGAUGAGUUCUGGCAGAUGUUUGAUGGACAGUUGUAUCAUCGGCUUAGAGAAGAGCUCGGCUGUAAAGAUGCUUUUCCGGAAGUUUUCGACAAAAUCUGCAAAACUGCUCGACAUUAA